CCUUUCAUUAUUAUAUGAAGAGUACUGCUACCGGUUAGGGUUUCUGUAUUUCCAGAAGUAACAGCGUGAGAAGUAGACUGAAGAUGCCUUGCUUGAACCUUUCAACUAACGUUAACCUUGAUGGCGUCGACACGUCGUCUAUCCUCUCUGAGGCCACCUCCACCGUCGCCAGCAUUAUCGGCAAACCUGAGGCCUAUGUGAUGGUUGUGUUGAAGGGAUCAGUACCUAUAGCAUUUGGAGGAACUGAGCAGCCAGCUGCUUACGGUGAAUUGGUGUCCAUUGGUGGUCUUUCCCCUGAUGUGAACAAGAAACUAAGUGGUGCGAUUGCCGCAAUCCUUGAGAAGAAGUUGUCAGUGCCCAAAAAUCGAUAUUUCCUCAAAUUCUAUGAUUCCAAGGGCUCCAACUUUGGAUGGAAUGGGUCCACCUUCUAAAUUUAGCUCUCAGAAGAUUGAUGCUGUGCAUCUGACAGCUAUCUAUCUAUCCAUCUGCUGUAUCGGUAUCUUUGAAACUAUGUUAAUGUUGCUCAUAAUACUGUCAUUCUCCCUAUUUUGUGGUUUCUUAUGGACACUGUUUUUUCUCAAUGCUAUGAAUGAUAUUAUGCUGUGUUGGUA